GCGGGUGAAGCCGCCAUGGACCCGCUCACGGCCGCGGCCUCCACCUCCUCCACCUCCACCUCCACCUCCUCCUCACGCCGCCCGGACACCGACCCCGACCUGUUCGACACCAUCGUCCUGGCUGACAACGAAUUUCGUGGAAAAGGUUAUCGUGAAGGGUUUAUUGAAGGAAGUCAAUUGGGAGAAACUGAGGGACGACAAUAUGGGUUAGCAAAUGGUGCAAAGCUUGGAUCUGAGGUUUCCUUUUACAAAGGCUUUACAAUGACCUGGAAAUCACUUCUUCAGAAUAACCCAGAUACUAAAAACAGUAAAAGACUGAAAGUCCUAAAUUCAAUGCUGGAGAUGGUUCACAGCUUUCCCUAUGAAGACCCCACCAAUGACACGUUGCAGGAGGACUUGGAGAAGAUGCGGGCCAAGUUUAAGCAGAUUUGCUCUUUGCUGAAUAUACAGCCCACUUUACACAAGGAGAAAGCAGCUGCGAUGUCCUUCUGAAGCACAACGUUCGACUGGUCUUAGAGGCACUCCAUCUGGGAGAACAUUCGGGCAAAGCGGCCAUUUCACAGAGUGUCUGAGGUUACUUCUGCAUGCAAAUGUAGAGGUUGGAACUGGAUAAAGUCAGAUUGUCUCAGGGUAGCAAUGGCUCCAGUAACUGCAGUUUUGAAUGCUGCUCAAAUUUGAGCUGCAAAUAUAUUUACUGCCGGGAAAGAUGAAAUUCAGAUUCCUUCAUCCUUCAGUAAGAGGAAAGCAUUUUUAUUUUUACUUGCCGUUUUUAUCUUAAUGCCACAUGAACCAACUGCUGCAUAACUGUGGGAGUUUAGUGUACUGCCAGUGGUAAAUUUUUGAAGAGAGACUUUGUUAAUGAAAUGUAGUUCGCUCCCAUCUGAGUUGAUUUUCCCUGAGCUAUUAAAAUCUGAAUUAUUUGAAACAUACACAGGGUGGAAUAGAUCAGUAGAGUUAAAUGCAAAAAUGUUGACAACAUAUGCUGGAAAUUUCCACAUCGUCGUUGUUCUUCGGUGUUGGAUUAAAAUUGACAUGCACUUUAGAUUUGAUUGUGGAGAAAUUGCAUUAUUGUAGCGCCUGUCACAACCUCACAACCUCACAAUGUGCCUAACCUUUCCACGGAAUACUUUUGAAAUAUGGUCACCAUUGAAUUGCAGAAAUACCACCAAUGUUAGAAGAUCGAAACAUCUUGCAAUUACUUUUUUUUUUUUCUCUCUCAGUAAUGUUGUUUGAAGGAUAAAUGUGGCCAGGAUUCUGAGGGAGACAACUCUGGAGACAAGCUGCUGGAGACAGUGAGCUUGAGGAAACGGGUAGUUAAUGUCUUGUCUAAAGAAGACGUUUUUACCAGUGCAGCAGUCAUUCUUUGCUGGUGGACAAAAAUGCUGGAGAAACUCAGCGGGUGCAGCAGCAUCUAUGGAGCGAAGGAAAUAGGCAACGUUUCGGGCCGAAACCCUUCUUCAGACCCUUCAUUCAUUGCUGUCUGGAGAAGUGUCUCGAACCAAAACGACACCCAUUCUUUCUCUCGAGAGAUGCGGCCUGUCCCGCUGAGUUCCUCCAGCAUUUUGUGCCUAUCUUCAUUACUGCACUGCAAGUCCACCCCACCUUACGAGCUCCUGACUUAUGGACACCCAUCGCACACCAACGUGCGCUCGGGACAAGAGGGAUUGAUUUGACGGCUGCUGCAGGGCUACGGGCAUCUUCUGUUGGGUGGGGACGGGGCAGUUGUGCAAACCUUCUCUCCCCACGCCUUCCCCUCUCCCUCAGACACAAGUGGGGUCUGGGUCGGGUUGAGCGGAGCUGGCAGCACUGGGACAGUGAAGCUACUCUUUCCUUGCCUGCUCACUCUCCCAUCUCAGCUGAACCUGUGAUCCUCUCCCAGGUACUGCUUUAGUUCAUUUCCGACGUGAACUGUUCUCCAGAACAGAGCCCUGUGGUAAACUGGGGUCUUCCUGUGGUGACUCAUUUUAAACUAUCUGCUCAUACAUGAAGCGUGAUUUAAACCAAGGCUGACACUGUGUGUCGUUUUGUUGAGAAGUGUUUGGAUAUGACUAGACAAACAGUAUUUUAACUGUUUAAUGAUGAAUUUUGUUUAAAUUGCUUAUUGUAGUUGUGUGAUAUAAAAUCUAAACAAUUACUAAAAUUUGACACAAUAUUUAUAUUGAAUUUACGGAUUUGUUUUGAAUGUAUGGAUUUAAUAAAUUAAUAAAUGUUAUUAAAAGUGA